AUGGGGGUUCCUGAGGCAGACCGGCGGAAAGCCAUGCGGGCGGUGGAAGCCAUGUUCGAGAGGUAUCGGAUACUGGCAGCCCAAAGACCCCAGGAUCAUAUCGACUUUGAUCGCGAGGUAAUGGACAACUUGAAGCUCGUCGACGCUGGCAUCGAUGGCUCCGUCGAAUUCGAGCUCUAUAUUGCCCCCGACUUCUCCAACCUCAAUAAUGUGAUGCACGGGGGUGCCGGCGGGCUUAUAUUCGAUAUGGCAACCACAACAGCUCUGUGUCCCAUAGCGAAGCCCGGCUAUUGGGAAUUCAUGGGAGGCGUUACCCGGACGCUCAACCUCUCGUAUCUCAAGGCAGUACCAAUUCGCACCACCGUACGGCUGUCGUCCAAAGUGGUGUCGGUAGGGAAGCAGAUGGCUAUGAUUCGGGGAGUUAUGACGAGCCUGGAUGGGAGAGUGACGUACUGCACAGUCGAACAUCAUAAGGUCAAUGUGCCGGUGCAGGAGCAGCAUCGCAAGGCGAGAGUCCCGUGGGACGACGAGUUCGAGAGGGAAUGGAAAGCCAAGGAAACGGAGCUGAAGGAGCCGAAGUCGAGAAUAUGA